UUAGAAAAAUCAUUUGUCACGUUUUUCGUUCUAUCUUCUUCACUCCAUCAAUCUCCCUAUGCUUUUAGUCAACUCUGAAUCAAAUCACGCACUGUGAUCCCCAAAAUGAAUGCCGAUGCAUCAAAUCCAAUCCCCACAAUCAUAUUUUUCAUCUACUUAUCAUUCUUCCCACUAAUAAUCGCUUCCCGUAAUCUAAAGCACAGUUCAAAUUCCCAGCUGUAUGAUGAUGACUCCAUCACAUAUAUUUGGCCAUUGCCAUCUGAAUUCAGUUUCGGAAACCAAACGCUGGCCGUUGACCCUAAUUUAUCGCUUGCCGUUAGUGGCCAUGGCGGGGGUUCUGCUAUUGUUAAAGAGGCUUUUGAGAGAUAUAAAUUGAUUAUAUUUAAGCAUCAUUCUAAGUUAUCGAAGUUUGGAGUGAGCUAUGAUAUUGAAAAGCUUAAUGUUAUUGUUCAUUCCGCUAAUGAAGAGCUUCAACUUGGAGUGGAUGAGAGCUAUUCAUUGUUGGUGGACAAAAGAGACGAGCAUUCAAUUAUUGGGGAGAUAACAAUUGAGGCAAAUUCUGUGUAUGGUGCACUGCGUGGCCUGGAGACAUUGAGCCAACUAUGUGCUUUUGAUUAUGGAACCAAAACUGUUCAAGUGUACAAAGCGCCAUGGUACAUCCAGGACAAGCCAAGAUUUGAAUAUCGUGGGCUUUUGCUUGAUACGUCGAGGCAUUACUUGCCAAUUGAUAUAAUCAAGCAAGUUAUAGAAUCUAUGUCAUAUGCUAAACUUAAUGUUCUUCACUGGCAUAUCAUAGACGAAGAGUCAUUUCCUCUUGAAGUGCCUACAUAUCCAAAUUUGUGGAAAGGUGCGUAUACAAAGUGGGAGCGCUAUACCAUGGAGGAUGCUAGCGAAGUUGUUAAUUUUGCAAAAAUGAGAGGUAUUAAUGUUAUGGCAGAAGUUGAUGUCCCUGGUCAUGCAAAAUCAUGGGGUGUAGGAUAUCCUGAUCUCUGGCCUUCUCCCUCCUGUAAAGAGCCUCUGGACGUUUCUAAGAACUUUACGUUUAAUGUGAUAUCAGGCAUCCUGGCAGACAUGCGAAAAGUUUUUCCCUUCAAACUUUUCCACUUAGGUGGUGAUGAGGUUCAUACAGACUGUUGGACCUCCACGCCAUCUGUAAAACAAUGGCUUCAAGAUCAUAAUAUGACUGGUAAUGAUGCAUAUCAAUAUUUUGUACUCAGAGCUCAAAAAAUAGCAGCAUCACUAAAGUGGACCCCUGUCAACUGGGAAGAAACUUUCAACACAUUCCCGACAAAACUCAACCCACAGACCAUAGUGCAUAACUGGUUGGGUUCUGGUGUUUGUCCAAAAGCUGUUGCAAAAGGUUUUAGGUGCAUUUUCAGUAACCAAGGUGUUUGGUAUCUUGACCACCUAGAUGUCCCAUGGAGUACUGUCUAUUAUGCUGACCCAUUAGAAGGAAUAACUGAUGCUUCCAAGCAGAAACUUGUUCUUGGAGGAGAGGCUUGCAUGUGGGGUGAAAAAGCUGAUGCCUCUAAUGUUCAACAAACAACAUGGCCUCGAGCUGCUGCAGUAGCAGAGCGCUUGUGGAGCAACAAGGAGUCUGCAUCUUCUGGAAAUACUACGUUAACUGCAUUGCAUAGAUUAGAGUAUUUUCGGUGUCUUCUGACAAGGCGUGGAGUUCAAGCUGCACCUGUUACGAAUUUUUAUGCCCGACGUCCUCCAACUGGUCCCGGAUCGUGCUAUGAGCAAUGACUCUAAUGUGGCGCUGGUAAAAUUAAUUUUCUGCCUUCAAGCCCUGAAAUAGUUGUUCCAUUGUCCCUGGAGAUCAAUGCACAGAUGUUUCUGUCUGAUUUUAGUCUCAUAUCUCGGUAAGAUAUAUACUGUGGGAUGUGGGGAUGGCUUUAGCUUUUAACGUAUUGUGUAAUAUGAAGAUCUGAGCGUGUGAUUUCAAGACAAUUCCGUUGUCAGUUUUUGUUUGUUAGAUGAUGCACAAAUCAUUUUCUUUGUUGCUUCAACUUCUUUUUAUUGAAAUAUCAGCAUUUUCGGCC